UACUAAUAGCCGCCUGCCACUCGCUUGCAUCGUGACUUUUGCUGCAGAUUCUAAGCGCAGAGUCCUCAUUGGUCACUUUGAAUCGAUCAUCUCAUGCUGUGAUCGACUUCGAUGCUCGCUUGCUGACGGGCAUCACAAUUCCUGCCAAUCUCACUGUUUGUGUCGAAGGAAACGCAAUGGCGGCAAACGGAGUGGCACCAAAGAAGCCCGUCUUACAACGCUUGAACAGUAUUCAGGAACGAGUGCAAAGUGCGGUGCAAGAGCACCGGAACGUCAUCAUAGACCUUCUCUCCCGAUACGUCAAACAGGGGCGUACUCAUCUGCAACCGCAUCACAUUGUUGAUGAGCUCAACAGCCUCACCGAAGCGGACAGGGUCACCGAGAUCAAGGACAGCGCAUUCGGAUUGCUUCUACUCAAUUGUCAGGAAGCGAUAGUGCUGCCACCUUGGCUUGGAUUAGCGGUGCGUCCAAGGCCUGGAAUCUGGGAGUACCUACGCAUCAAUGUGGAGGAGCUGAUUCUGGAGGAGCUCUCUGUUUCGGAGUAUCUGGGAUUUAAAGAACAGCUCGCCAAUAGCACCGAUGUGCGAGAUCCAUUCUUGCUGGAGCUGGACAUGGCACCUUUCAACUCCAAUUUUCCUCGCAUGACAAGGCCGUCCUCAAUUGGUCACGGUGUCGAAUUCUUGAACCGACACCUAUCUUUGAAGCUGUUUCAAACCGCUGAUGGCAUCGAACCGUUGUUUCAAUUUCUCCGAAUGCACACUUACCGUGGACAAACGUUGAUGCUCAAUGACCGAAUCACGAGCUUGCGAAGACUUCGUCCGCAAUUGGUCAAAGCGGAUGAUAUACUGAGCAAACUUCCAGAGGAUACUCCUUUUACCGACUUCGCACACAAGUUGCAGGAGCUAGGGUUGGAAAAAGGAUGGGGAAACACGGCAGGCCGUGUUGUGGAGACAAUCAAACUGCUGGAAGAUCUACUUCAAGCACCCGACCCGGAUACUUUGGAGAAGUUUCUUGCCCGCAUUCCUAUGGUCUUCAGUGUCGUCAUUGUUACACCGCACGGGUACUUUGGUCAAGAUGGCGUCCUCGGCUUGCCGGAUACCGGUGGCCAAGUGGUUUACAUCUUAGACCAAGUGAGAGCAUUGGAGAACGAGAUGCUUGAGAAUUUGCAGCUGCAAGGGCUCGACAUUGUACCGAAGAUCGUCAUUCUGACACGCCUCAUCCCAAAUGCUUUUGGAACGACCUGCAACCAGCGAAUUGAGAAGGUUCAUGGCAGUCGGUUUUCGCAUAUUCUACGUAUUCCCUUCCGUAACGAUGGACAAAUAUUGAAGAAUUGGAUUUCUCGGUUCGAUGUUUACCCCUAUUUGGAGACCUACGCGCAGGAGGCAGCAAGUGAGAUAUGUGCCGAUCUCUCAGGGCCACCUGACCUAAUUAUUGGAAACUACACCGACGGCAAUCUCGUGGCCACUUUACUAUGUCAGCACCUUGGAGUGACACAGUGCACUAUUGCACACGCUUUGGAGAAGACAAAGUAUCCAGACUCCGACAUUUAUUGGAAGAAUUUUGAGGAGAAAUACCACUUUUCAUGCCAGUUUACUGCUGACUUAAUUGCAAUGAAUCACGCCGACUUCAUCAUCACCAGCACGUACCAAGAGAUUGCUGGUAGCGCAAAGACUGUUGGACAAUAUGAGAGCCAUCAGGCGUUCACGAUGCCUAGCCUCUACCGAGUUGUGAACGGCAUCGACGUCUUCGACCCUAAGUUCAACAUUGUGUCUCCUGGAGCUGACAUGACUGUUUACUACCCCUUCACAGACAAGCAGCAUCGCUUGACAAAAUUGCACCCCGCAAUUGAGAAACUUCUGUUCAGUUCUGACCAGACAGAUGAGCAUGUGGGCAUCAUCGACAAGGACAAGCCUAUUCUUUUCACAAUGGCACGCCUCGACAGGGUGAAAAAUUUGACAGGCCUGGUGGAGCUGUAUGGGAAAAACGAGAAACUCCGGGAAAUGACUAACCUAGUGAUAGUUGGAGGUGAAAUCGACCCUGCGAAGUCGAAAGACCGAGAAGAAGUGAAAGAGAUCGAAAAAAUGCACAGCUUCAUCAAACAGUACAACUUGCACAACCACUUCAGAUGGAUCCGAUCACAGACCAACCGUGUGCAGAAUGGAGAGCUUUAUCGCUAUAUCGCAGAUGCGGGCGGUGUUUUUGUGCAACCUGCGCUCUACGAGGGUUUUGGUCUCACAGUGGUAGAGGCUAUGACGUGUGGCCUUCCCACGUUUGCGACAAUGCACGGCGGUCCUGCCGAGAUCAUUGUGAAUGGCAUCUCAGGAUUCCACAUUGAUCCUUACCAUCCCGAAGGAGUAGCUGAAGUGCUCGUCUCUUUCUUCGAGAAAGUAAAAACGGACCCUGGAGUGUGGACCCGAAUCUCUGAGGCUGCUCUGCAACGCAUAUAUUCUAACUUCACUUGGAAACUCUACGCUGAGCGCUUGAUGACACUCACUCAUGUGUACGGUUUCUGGAAAUAUGUCUCCAAUUUGCAGAGACGCGAAUCCAAGCGAUACUUGGAGAUGUUUUACACUCUGAAAUACCGUGAACUGGUCAAGACCGUGCCUCUUUCAAGCGACAACGAAAGUCCCGAAGAGAAGACGGAUAAGAAGGCCCAUAUGGGGCCUCCCACUGACGCAGCCCUUGUUGGUGUUCCAUUAGCAGCAGGAGAAAUCACCAAAGCAAUCCUGGAAUCUACUGCUAUACACUGAUUAUCCCUUUGGAGAUCUAUGGGUAUGUAGAGAUGGUACAAAGUGCAGAGUUUCUGCAAGAAUAGAACGUGCGUACUAAGAGUAACUAAUUUUUUCUUGUCUAUGUUUUUUCUCUUCUUCUUUAUUUUAUUUUUUUAUUUUUUUUACACAAUAGGAUUUUUAAAUCCAGUGUUGUUCAAGGUUGCAAUCAGGGGCUUGAGUUUGAUUUGCUCUCGGUCACUUUAGUUUUAUUACAGUUUCCCUCUACAGCAUGAGGGUUUUAUGUUUCAAAAUGUACCUAGUUUUCUCAUACAAUUGAAUAAUCCAACACAGCAUUAAUGGCUUGUUGAGAUUUUGCAA